GCAGAGCGACAGCAGCAAGUAUGCGGAGCUGUUGGUGUUCGGCUACGCCUGCAAGCUGUUCCGGGACGAUGAGAGGGCCAUCUACCACGAUCAGGGCAAACACCUUAUCCCAUGGAUGGGGGACAAGAACAUCAUGAUCGAUAGGUCGGUUAAACAAACCUAAUGGGAAUCAUUACUUAACCAACUUAAUGUCUUCCAAAGGGACCUCGGAUGUAUUUGUUGUUUUGCAGCACACGAGGAGCUGAUGGCAUUGUGUUAUGUUUACAUGGCCAAACGCGAAUAAAAGAAACCUGACAUUGACCGAUCUAAGAUAACUUGCUUGGAUUGUGAUUAUUUGUAAGCUCGGUGCAUUGACAGCAAUGACAAAUGUUUCAAGAAGAAGCUUAAAUCAGCCUAAAAUGGCUAGCUGUUCUUAGCUGGUUUAAGCUAGCCUCGCAGCCUGGCCAAGCUGGUAUUCCGUUUGUCUUCCAGCCUGUGCCCAGGCCCCUCGAAAACCAUUUAGGAGACCAGCAAAACAGUUUAGGCUGAUUUUAAGAUUUAAUUUAUUUAUUAUUAUUUUUGUUUUUGUAAAGUUAGGAAUGUUUGAAAUGCAAAGCAGAGUCCUUGCUCACUUGGCCCUCGCUUAUAUCACUUAAAAUCUAAAUCAAUAUAAAUAUGGCUGAUCUAUAAAUAGAAAUUACAGAUUUAUUGUACAUUGUUACAAUACGUGAAUAGGAGUCAUAAUAUGGGCCUAAUGUACUUGUCACGUAAUGCCUCUGCUUCUUAGUACUGAAUCUGCUGUGGUCACAUCUGUGUUGCAUUUAUUCGCUUAAAUGCAAACCACAGCAAAUUCACUGUAAAUUAGUCCGUGCAUUAAGGUGGUUCUCACAUAUGAAGUGAUAUAUGAUUUGAAUCCCAUUAUAUGAAUUCUGUCUUUGUGCUUACUGUAGAUCCCAAGUCUAACAUUGUUCUUUUGCAGGAAGCACUUCUGACAUAUAGUCAGUCGAAUAUUGCAUUCCUCAUGUGUUUUCUCUCUUACUCCACACUUUUUCCAGUUCAGCUGCAGUCCUUUUUAAAAAAAAAUAAAAUUGGUAACGAGCCAGGAGUGUGUUGAGAUGCAGCGGGUUGCAUUGAGCCACCUUAAUCUGCAUGGAUCUGUUUUCUUGUUUCCAAUGUGUAUGUGUGUGUCUCUCUAUCACGUAAUACAGAACUUAUUUCCUCAGCAAUUAAGGCUAAGGGGUCCCGACAGGCCCCGAUUGCCACCUCAUCGCCCACUUCUCUAUUUUGCCGAAGAAACUGGAACUGAGAAGUGGAAUACAGGAGCGAGCGCAGGAAAAUUUCCUCCAUAUGGGUUCUUACGGAUAGGUACGAUGGCCGCGGUCAUUUACAUGAUCUUUCGGAAUAUGACGCAGGCUCGUGGAAUCACGAUUACCAGCUGUCCGAGGAGGAGGCCAGGAUAGAGGCUCUGUGUGAUGAGGAGAGGUACCUAGCCAUGCACACGGAUCUGAUGGAAGAGGAGGCCAGGCAAGAGGAGGAGUAUAAAAGGCUGAGCGAAGCCUUGGCAGAUGAAGGCACCUACAAUGCAGUGGCCUUCCGUUACAGCGCUGACUACUAUGAUCCCUCCCAGCCCACUGAGGAAGAUGAGGCCAACAAAGAAGCAGAUCAAGAGCAGCAGGAGGAAGAGAGUGAGGAGCCGUUCGUGGCGCCCCCUGGCCUCCUCAUCCCUUCGGAUGUAGAGCUGCCUGCGACCACCAAGACGCACGCUAUUAUUGAGCGCACCGCUAACUUUGUAUGCAAGCAGGGGGCCCAAUUUGAAAUUGUGCUGAAGGCAAAGCAGGCUGGGAACUCCCAGUUUGAUUUCCUGCGGUUCGACCAUUACCUGAACCCUUACUACAAACAUAUUUUACGAGCUAUGAAGGAGGGGAGAUACACACCGGCAUCAGAGGGCAAGCAGGACAAGCAACAGGAAUCAAAGUCAGACGAUUCUAAUGACGAUGAUGAUGAUGAUGGGGAUGGAAACUACCUACACCCAAGUUUGUUUGCAUCCAAGAGGAGCUCUCGUCUGGAGGAAAUAAUGAAGCCUCUGCAGGUCAUUGAUCCAGAUCACCCGUUGGCAGCGCUCGUUCGAAAAGUCCAACAAGAGAAUAACGGUGCUGCAGCGAUGACGACCAAAGCAGAGGAAGAGCAGCAGUUGCCGGCAGUAGCCACGAAGACAGAAUAUUCAUCUGACCCAAUGUACUAUGGCUACUGUAUGCUGCCUGAUGGAACAUACUGCCUUGCCCCGCCGCCUCCUGGGAUUGAUGCCAGCUCUUAUUACACCUCGCUGCCCACUGGCAUGAUGCCGGCUCCUCCUGCAUCUGGUCCUCCUCCUCCGCCUGGCACUACACCUUUGUUGGAUCCUGCGGCUACAAUCCCAUCAGCCCCUGCUGCAGGUCCGGUCACAGUGUCAGCUCCUGUGUCUGCUCCGCUCUCCCAUUCCGCUCCUGCUGCCCCUCAAACUUCAAGUUCUCGACCUCCUCAAACCACCGUUGCACCGACGGUGCCAGCGGCUGCUGCCCCUGUCGCAGCCAUCAUCCCUCCUCCUCCCGACAUCCAGCCUGUCAUUGACAAACUAGCCGAGUAUGUGGCCAGAAAUGGGGUGAAAUUCGAGAGCAGUGUGCGUGCCAAGAAUGACCCGCGGUUUGACUUCCUGCAGUCCUGGCACCAGUACAACUCCUAUUACGAGUUCAAAAAGCACUACUUCAUGCAGAAAGAAGGCCUGAGCAUGCAGGAGGGUUCGCUUUGCAACAGUGGGGGGGACGGCACAGCAAACUGCUCUUCUGACAAGCAGCAGAAUGAGGGCAAGCUCAUUAAAGCGUCCUUUGCACCCAUCUGCUUUGCAAUAAAGUCAAAAGAAAAUGACCUUCUGCCUCUGGAGAAGAAUCGUGUGCGACUGGACGAUGACUCGGAUGAGGAUGGGAUGAAGGGGGAGGUGCAAGAGGGAGCAGAGUUAGCGAUCGGAUUGGUCGAAGCAGCCAGAGAGCCUCCUCAACCUCCAUUGGCCGAGGAGAAGAAACCAGUACUGUCCCAGGAAGAGCUAGAGGCCAAACAAGCCAAACAGAAGCUGGAGGACCGGUUAGCAGCUGCAGCGAGAGAGAAGCUCGCCCAGGCCUCCAAAGAGUCCAAAGAGAGGCAGCUACAGGCUGAGCGCAAGAGGAAAGCUGCCCUCUUCCUGCAGACUCUGCGAGGACCAGAGGCUGAGGUCAAGCAUACAGAGGAAACUGCUGCUGCGUCUGAGCUAUUGGUGUCCACCCUUCCCAUGAGCGGCAUCCCUAAACACACGUCUCGUAUACCAGGAUUUGACUACCAGCCCUUUGAAAGUGCACUAACAAGGAGUGCAAAUGCCCCUGCAUCUCAUGUGACCACUUCUUCCUCGUCUUCCUCCCGUGUGUCUGAAAGGGAACGGGAUAGGGAUCGGGAUCGGGAACGAGACAAGAGGAAGAAGAAACACAAGAGGAGGUCUCGGUCCAGGUCCCGCUCCAGAUCCAAAUCCAAAUCCAAGCACUCUUUGCCCAGUGCCUAUCGCACCUUCAGGAGAUCCAGGUCUGAGUCUCGUUCCCCCAGCCGCAGAGACAGACAAGCUCGCCCUUCAGACAGAAAGCGUGAUGAGAGGGAGAAGGAGAGCUAUGGUCCAAGCACCUACCGCUUUGGCAGCAACCCAGUGCUUGGCAGGAAGCGCUCCAGAUCAAGAUCACCUCAUGAAAAGAAGAAGGGUUCAAAGUCAUCGCACCAGUUAAAGGGUUCCUCCUGUUCGCCCUCAGCAUCCCCUGAAAGAGGCAUAGCGAUGGCCAGAGUUUCUGCAAGCCCCUCCCCUGCCACAAGCCCCGCCUCCAGCUUGGGGAGGUCCAGGGAUGGCUCUCAGGAGAAAGACAAGCAAGUUUCCUCCACUAUUGUCUCUUCAGUGCAAAGCAAAAUCACUCAGGACCUCAUGGCGAAAGUGCGAGCAAUGCUUGCUGCCUCCAAAGGCCUUCAGCCAAAUGCCUCCUGAGAGAGUUCCACCACAUCCAGACAGGAUCAGUCUCCAGCUACAUCUCGCAAGGCAGCAACAGGCUUCUGGCUAACUACUGGACCGCUGUUCACCUGACAAGCUGCACAAUGCUGGGCCCUUUUAUCCCUUUAUGAGUGCCUGUUUGGAUCUGCCGUUAAAUGUUUGUAUUUUGCCUCCAGAUUAGCAUUAGGCAUGGAGAUCUGCUUUAUUUCGAAGGUGCAGGUGUAGAAAGAACGAAACCAACAGCAGAUGGUGGAGCCUCAGUCCUGCUGUGUGUUUUAGCUGUAGACCAAUAAGAAGAAAGUAUUAAAGGUGUAAUUCCUUGGAUGCAACUGAAAAUGUUCUUUCCUUUUGUAAUGUUGUCUACCAGAAGGACAUGUUAUAUCCUUCUGUGAAGGAUAAUGCUGGUUAGUUCUCUCCUGUCUCCUUUUUUCCUCUGUCUCUGAGCUCCUUUUGACAUGAAAUGGUCUGCAUUCUCGGGUUUUUUUUUUUUGGGUUUUUUUUUUGAAUAUGUGGCCUUCAGUUUUUGAUUUCUAAGUUUGUACAGGCCUAAUUUUGGAGCUACUUUGGAAAACCAUCAAUAAAGUUUGAAUUAUGGAA